AAUCAAUAAUGUUAAUGAUAACAGCAAAAGUCUGCCAAGAAGAUAAACAAGUGCACAAUUUAAAACAAGAUAAUCACAAGUUUACUAUCUGUUUUUUACCAAACCAUUGGACCAAAAUAGCCUCAAAUAAAAAUCAGCCUCUUUGCAAAGUGAGAGGAAAACUUAUCUUUGAAUGUAGAAAUGAUAAUAGUAGCCAUUUUAUACAGAGCAGCAAGCCGCCAAUUUGGCCGUCCUUUGCGGCAAGGUCCGCGGAUUCAGACAGAACAAAUUGCAGCUAGGCUAGCUGUUCCCCCUCCGUUUCCAGUCGUCAGUUCCCAAUGCCAAGCUGUGCGAACCAUUCAUUGAACUGAUGGAUAUAAAAGUAGUGUCAAUUAUCUCACUAAACAGUCGGCAAAUAAAGCUAUCAAGUAUAUUUACAGAACAUGUGGAGCUUAUUCUUUUUGUGAGUGCAAUAUUAGUGUCUGAAAACAUUCGAUCUCUGGUUUGUAGCUGUCUGAUUUUUGUUUUCUCACGUUAAGCCAACUUGAUAUAGAUAAUAUUCAACAGCUGUCUUGAUGAGCGCGGAUCAAACAUUUCUCUGAAAGACUGUUUGUCCUCCACUGACCCGCUGACUGGUCAUGUGUGUGCGUGCCUGUUUCUGUGUGCUUGAUCAGCUUAGUCAUGUCAUCCACGUCUCUCCUCAGCCUGCUCAGGUCACAGGUCAACAUGUGUUUGUCAGGCUGUGCAGCAUUUCCCGGAGGAAUUCAGAACAAUACUUGUGACUGGAAGUCUAUACGUAUCGCCUCAAACAAACACGUCCCCACUGCAACAUUCUCUAACUAGUCACGGGUGUUUGAUUUGUUAAUUUUGUUCAGGUACAUAUAUCUGUAAAAUAGUAGAGUUCUGUAAAUGUUUUACCUCAGCUCUGGUUGGAGUUAAAGCUGCAGGAUUCCCAGUCAAGGUCCGCAAAAGGUUGGUGUGACAGUGGGUGACGCAAUCAGUGGUCCCGCAGCAUAUCUGUGACGAUAGUGAACGGACACGAACACGAUGAGCGAGACAAAAGAUAUGACGCUGGUGAGGGCAGGGCAGAUGUUUCCUGUCACAUUUCACUGUAAUUUUCUAACCUUCUUCUGAAUGGAGAAGUGUCUGUACGCGUGGAUGCAAACCUCUACCUCCUUUGAGUUAAGGGAACAGUUCACCAAAAAAGUUUAAUUCAGUUAUUGUAUCUUCACCCUUAAGCCUAUAGAAGGUCGCGUCAGGUUAUUUCAUCCGCAAACAUUUCUGGAGACUCACAGUAUUCUCCUGUAUGGAGCCAUUUUGUUAUUAUUUUGUUCUGUUUUUAUUUUUCAUUUUUCCAAAAAAGAUCUUUGAUUUGUGGACCAAGAAACUUAACCCAACUGUCUAUCAGCAUAGGGCCGAGAAGAUAAUGCCUGUCUUUUCAUUUUUGGUGAACCUUUUCUUUAACGUGACACUUGAGUUGUUGCCGCAAGCUCAUCUUUUCAGCUUGAAGACAGAGCUGCCAUUGUCCUCUCUCCUUAGUCACAGCUGACUAAGACUCUUAACUCUUCUUCAGUAGUCAUAGGGAACCAGUGUUGACCUCUGGAUCAGGCAGUGUUGGGAUUUUCUACAGUGAGAAAAUAAAACAUUUCCAAAAACUGAGUGAGAGGGGAAGUGAGAGAAGAGGUUGAGGAGGGUUGUGGCCCUGCAAUAAAAAAGAGAAGAGUCAGGGAGGAGUAAAGGAAUAGAGGAAGGGCCUGAUGCUGCUUCUCUCUAGCACUGUGGAUUCUUAUCAUUCUGUUGAGCAUGCUGCACCGCAGCUGACAGGAUAUGAUUAAAAGCUUUAUGUUUUGAGUUUUAAUAGAGAGUGUCAUCUUGAAACCAAAUGACUUAAUCCAGUCAGUUGUGUUUCGGACGGCUCAGCAGGCGUCUCCUCAGGAGUGUUAAAAUAAUGGCCUGCAUGGAGGUAGAGACCUUCAGUGACUGCUGCACUGGGUUCAGAGCAGUCCUGCAGUUGAGGCUUCAGCAGAGGCGAACCCGGGAGCAGCUGGUGGAUCAGGGCAUCAUGCCACCUCUGAAGAGCCCGGCGGCUUUCCAUGGCCAGAUUCGCAGCUUGGAGAGAGCCAGGACUGAGAAUUUCCUCAAGCACAAGAUCCGCAGUCGUCCAGAGAGAGCAGAGCUGGUCAGGAUGCACAUCCUGCAAGAGACUGGAGCAGAGCCAUCGCUUCAGGCCACUCAGAUGAGACUCAAGAGGGCACGGCUGGCCGACAACUUGAACGAGAAGAUCGCCCAGAGACCGGGCCCCAUGGAGCUGGUGGAGAAGAACAUCCUGCCGGUGGAUUCCACCUUGAAACAGGCCAUCAUCGGUGAGAGUCACCCUGUUAGACAACCAGUGCUUUUUGAGCAUUUCUGCCUUAAUGGACUCGAUCACGUUGGCCAGGUGAACUAUCCCAAGGUGUUGGAUGAAGACAGCAGUGAUGCCCUGUCUCCAGAGCAGCCAGCCAGCCAGGAGUCUCAAAGUUCUGUCCCCUCUCCAUUAGAGAGCAAAAUGCCAGAGACGCCCUCGCCAGUUCCAGCACCACCAGCACUAUCCAACACCAUACUGCAGGCUUUCCCAGUUGCCACACAACCCACAACAGACUUUGUGAAAUUGAUCGCUACGAGUGAGCCGCCCGCCAGCCGCCCAGCUGUCACUCCUGCGCAGCCACUCACCACAGCUGCUCCCUCAAAACCCGGCCCAACACUGGUGAAACAAAGCCAGCAGAAGACGCCCUCGGAGAAGAGCCGCAGCAAGAAGGGCAAAGAGCCCAAACCCAGGGUGAAGAAGCUCAAGUACCAUCAGUACGUUCCCCCCGACCAGAAGCAGGAGGCCAGUGAGGCACCCAUGGACUCUUCGUAUGCUCGACUACUGCAGCAGCAGCAGCUGUUUCUCCAGCUGCAGAUCCUCAGCCAGCAACAGCAGCACUACAACUACCAGACUAUAUUACCAGCACCACUCAAACCUGUGGCAGAGGGUCAGACCAGCGGCGGCAGCAGCUUGCCAACCUCCAUCGUGGUAUCUUUGCCCACUGCACCUCCGCCUCCCCCUGUGGCAUCGGUUCCAACUCGCCCAAACAACUCGCUGUCGAACCGCAAGCCAGGAGUCUUGCCUGCCAACCUGGAGGAGAUGAAGGUGGCUGAGCUCAAACUGGAGCUAAAGCUGCGUGGCCUCCCUGUCUCGGGAACAAAGACCGACCUGAUAGAAAGACUGAAGCCUUUCCAGGACAGUCCCAGCAGCUCUGCUCCGACUACCGUUCCUUCUCCCGCCAUUACCACCCUCUCCUCGGUCCCCAUGGAGGUCACAAGCACCACUACAGCCCCCGCUAUAGUCCUCCCAGUCCAGCAGAUGGCUCUAGAGAGCAUGAACCCCACACCGCCGGUCUCCCCCAUUCCCAGUGAACAGUCUGCCCUCCAGCAGGAUGGAGGCAUGUGUGAGCCCUUAUCUGAAAUGUUGAACUCUGGCGGGGCAGGUCUGCAGUCCUCACCUCUUCCAUCUGUCCAAGUCCCUGAGGAAAAGGACAGGAGGCUUCACGAGAAGGAGCGGCAGAUAGAAGAGUUGAUGAGGAAACUAGAGCAGGAGCAGAGGCUGGUGGAGGCGCUGAAGAUGCAGCUGGAGGUGGAGAAGAGGGCCAGCACCGCUGACUGUACCUCUCAGUCUCCCAAAGUCACCUCUGUACCUGCCAUGAACUCUAUUCCUACUGUCCUGAACACAAAUGUUGUAAAGAUGGAGGGUGCAGUCCUGUCAAACUGUUCAUCCGCUGCCGCCACAAUCCCUAGCUCCAUCCUCGGCUCCCAGGCUCUCUCUUCUCUGCCAACAGUGGUCAAGUUGGAGGAUGUGACUGUUUCCUCUGGCAAGCCGCUCAAGAUCCAGACCCAAACCCAGCUCAUAACCCAAGCCCAGCCCCAAAUGAGCACCAGCCCACAGCUGCUCCACCAGGCCCAGAGAAGUCCCAAGCUCCAGACCCAGCCCCAGUCCCAACCGGCAGCCCCCAGCCUGCAGCAGUUCUUCAUCAGCCACUCAGGAGGAGUCUCCCAGGUGCUGGGUCAGCCUCAGACUCUACUGACCACGACAGGCCAGGCUGGUACUCAGAUCUUGCUCCCAGUCUCACUACCCAGCAACGCUACUGCGAUCCAGCUGCCGAGCACCACUGUCAGCCUGCAGCCCGUUCUUCAGGCCACAGUCUCAAAUCCAGGCCUGAUUCAGGCUUCAGUUCCUCAGCUGCAAACCACUAAGAUGGAGGUGGCACCCAGCCAGCAGUUAGCCAACCACAACCAAUUGCUACAAACUAUUACUAUGUGCAAUAACACCACUGGUUUAGAGAGCCAGACUAAACCUGAGUUGAAUCCUCAGAAUUUCCUGAGAAGCUCCCCAGAGAACAGGGUCUCUCCACGGGCUUCACCCAACCACCACAUCUCCAACGGACCCUUCAACAAGUCUCCUUCUCCCCAGCCUGCCUUCAUCCUUCAGCCCACCUCCCUUGUUACUCAGCCUCCCAAGACAAAAGAGCCUCCCCGCUAUGAGGACGCUGUGAAACAGAGCCGCAACCUGCACAUCAACAACAUUUCACAGGUUCCCACGGCAACCAGCCAGCACAUGGAUGACUUGUUCGACAUUCUGAUAGAGAGUGGAGAAAUCACACCAUUCAUCCAGCAGGAGCCCUCAGUGUCUCUCGCUAAGACCCUCCCUGUCACAGCAAACAUCACCACCCUGCCGGUCAACACCGCUCUGUCCAGGCCACCUCCACAGAUCCAGGUGGCCCCUCCGCCCACCCUGAGCCCCAUCAUCGGCCAGAGCCUGCCCAGCCUCUCCUCGCUGGCCACAGACAAUCAGCUGGAGGCCUUUCUGGAGGGCACACUGGCCGAUACGCCUCCAGCAUCCGAUCCACGCACACAGGUCCUGAUGGAGGAGCUGCAGGCCCAGCUGAUAGACCAGCAACCUUACUCGCCCAUGGACACAUCAGACCUGUCCUUCUGUGACUCCUCCUCGCCCCCGUCCUCGCUCAACAUGGGCCUGUCCGACCCAGGUCUGGACAAUAUGGAGUGGCUGGACCUCACCAUGCCGCCGGGUCCCGGUGGGGCACUCACGCCCCUGGGAAUCCCAACGGACUUCUUGGAUUCACAUGACCUGCAGCUCCACUGGGACUGACGGAGGCAUGGACAGAAGAAAAAGGAAUGUUUAGUCGAGGGAGUUUGCAGCACAGCUGAGCCAGGAGGGAGCGACUGAUGAUUGGAUGGAGAAAAGCUGAAAAGGGUCUGACAGCCACAAAGAGGCUGAGUUCAACAUUUUAAAUAAGGAAGCAGAAGGGGGAGAAAACAUGGCAUCUGUGUGCCAUAUCACUCUCACCACUACAUCCAUACAUCUGUAAUAUUCCCACUAUCCUACCAGAAGGGAUGCUGUACAGGCAGAGCACUGAGUCAAAAGCACGAGUUUGCACAGCUUUAAAAGAGAAGACUGAACAACGUCAUCACUGAGGUGACAAUAUGUGAUAAAGGGAUUUUAAACAGAGUAGACUUUCAGUGUCUGAUGUCAGGAUUUAAUGGAGACAGAGCCAAAUGAAUACUGGCAGCAAGGACUGUUUGUAAAUACUCUUUAGACCACACUAAUAAGACUUCUCCUGGACAGAGAGCCUCAAUAGUAUUGACGCUUGUUCCUACUGGAGAUUUGGCUGGUUGGCUUUCAGUGAACACUGUGUCUAUUCUACUGUGUCUGCACAGUAACCAAAUGUUAAAGAGUUCAUAAAUACUUGUGAUGUGAAGACCUUUGUUCCACUGAGCCAUACUAGGUUAAAAAAGCAACACAAAAACUGUGUCACUCAUUGACGUCACUGUCCAUGACAGUUCAGACUACAUAUAAAAAUAGCUAUAUUAGAAUAAAAAAAGAUUAUUUGAGUCCUGGGAAAGCUUUGGCUAAACUGGUCUAAGCACUUUGAGGAGUCACUUCAGUCUGUGCUGGACAGUUCCCUGUAUGACUGGAAACCAGAUCAGCCAGCUUUCAAGGGAUUUCUGUCUGCGAGGAUCGCACACUGGUCCAAUCUCCCACAAACUGUAGAUGAUACAUUAGGUGACCAAUCUGAUUUAUUGCAUCAGAUGCGACUGUUCUCUUCUGACCUAUCAUGACCCCAUGCGGUCAAGCUGAUGAACCAAUGACUCUUAAGAAAAAAAGACGGCGACGAGAGGAGCAAGCUCCUCCACCUGCGCGAGAGCUAUGCACUUAAGAGGCGGAGCGAUCCGGCGGGCGCCGCCUCACUCACCUCAGAACAAGGAAAUGUGAACUGUGCAUAUCCAAGGUGAUCAUUAAUAUGAAGUGACGACCGGUCGUCAGAUAACGCAGUUGUUGUCCAAGUAUCUUAUUUUGAAUGUAAUUCUGAAAAAGUUGAAAAAAAAAAAGAAAAAAACAUAGGACUUAACUCUCAAAAGAUGGCAGCUUUUUUUUCCUCUUCUGAUCGUAAACUGACAGUGGAAAGGGAACAAAUAUCAGUUUAUGACACAUGACGACACACACACGUAGUAGGUGUGAAUGUGUGUGUGCUACAAGUUAUAUCGAGGAUUAAUGUCUUUGGAGAAAAUGAGCUUUAUAUUUUGCUGUCCUACAGUAUACCUGCACUUUGUCUUUGUGUGUGUGUGUGUGUGUGUGUGUGUGUGUGUGUGAGUGAGAGAAUUUACUGCAUCACUAGCUGUCAAACGCGCUAGUUAAAAUCUGUAUAGCUGAGAAGUUAGUCUGCUUUAGCAACCAAGGAAACAAUAUUUUCAAUUAAUAUUUUGUGGGGCAAAAAGUCGUCAGCUACAACAUAGUUUCUUGAGUGUGUGUGUGUGUGUGUGUGUGUGUGUGUGUGUGAGAGAGAGAGAGAGAGGUGCAAGAAAGCAUGUGCAGAUUCGUCUUCCUGUCUUCUGCAUGUUUGUGCGUCUCCGUGUGCAUGAUUGUAUCCACGUUUAAUCUUCUCUGGCCGUUACGAGCUCUCUCUCAGCCAUCGCCUGCAAGUUGUCUGCAGAAAUUUGCUCUUAUCUUUUCAAAUCGAAUCGUUUACUGUCAAGUUGACAUAUUCAGAACUUCAAAGCGGCUUCUAAAGACUGUUUACUGUUUUUAUCUGCGUCGUCCUGCGAGUAUCUUUUGGUCAUAAAUGCACAGACAAAGAGGGCUUAUCUGCUUUAAAAGCCGUCACAAAGUCUCUAGAUGUUUAUUUUUAAUGGACUGCAUCAUAUCCCUUUCAGUGCUUCAGGAGCUCAGUUUGAGUAUUUCUUUUGGGAGUGAUACGGUCAUGGCACUUUGGAAUAAGAUUGCUUUUUUAAAUUGUCGUUUAUAAAAACCCAGUCGUCACAUCUACAUUUGUAACCACUUUUUAUUCUGUCAUCACGUCCACGGGCACCAGAGGGCGCCGCCGCCUCUCUUCUGCUCGGGCUUCACGGCACAUCUCCAGCAGCAAAAUGUUGCUGCUUCAGGGUCAUUUUCUAGCAGGAAAACAGUUAAACGGGGCUUCGAUCCUCUCCCUGUGUAAUGCUGAUUCGCUGUUCCCGUCAGCAAUAAUGUGGCGACCUGAGUGAACUGACGGAGAGCCCUUUAUGUCGACGCUGUCUUGUUGAAGAAGUGCGAUGCUCUCGCUGCUGCGUUUACACAUUCAUCAUCAGGCUGAGACACAUUGGAUGUGCUCAAAUCUGAAACGCAUGAGAGAGCUGCGCCAAAUACUGCACAGACUUGCUCCUGGGCUUUGUAGUGUUUUUAGUUUUAUCACAUGUUUAAGCAUCAUUCAGAGAUGGCGUCGUUCUCCUGGUCACCUCUGGUCGGUGCACCUUUCGUGUCGGGGUGUGGUUGUAUCUCUGAGUGUUUAACUCUGGAUGGGGUGAACACUAACAAUCACAAGCUGAUUCACGUGUAUCUUAGAAGAGAUGGCGAGUUUGUAGGUUUUUUAUUUGCUUCUAUGUUUGCUUUAAAGGAGCACUACGCAGUUUUGGGGAAGACAUUUGAAUCAGAAGAGAAAGAUCUUCACUGGCUGAUUAUUUAUGCCUAAACAAACUCAUGGCUGAAUAAACAAACACUUCGAAGGAGAACACAAUGUCAUGUUGAUUUCUUUUGUUUAUAUUUGGCAGACCCUGCCACCUUUCUAGCUUCAAACACUUGUUUUCACCUGAGAACAGCUUGUUUAUUCAGUUAUAAAAGAAAAUAACUAUAACUGAGUUUGUAUUAUUACCUCAUUGAUAUCAUAAAACAUUCAGAUUCUGGGUGUGAAUAUCUUCUUCAAAUCUUCACAGUGCCCCUCGAAGGCUGUCGAAUUUAAUAUUUUGUUUGCCAAACUGGCAGUGGAACAUAUUAUCACUUUUUUUAAUUUUCUCACAUUUUUUUUUUUUGUAUUUUAGAGUGAAAAGUUAAAGGAAAAAAAAAAAACAGCAUUUAAUCUUGUUUUCAUGCUUGGGUAAAAAAACAUCUGUAAAAGAAGAGUUUGUGUAUAUUUUUGGUUUGCGGAGCUGGUUUCAUUUUAUUAUUUUCCACAUGAGACGAACACAAACCUCUCGACUGCAGCAAAUCUACACGCGUGUGAUCGACACCACUUACUAUCGGCAGUUCUACGGUCGCUGACUGGUCAGACGGGGACAGCUGAGAGCAAUAAAUGGCUGCUGUUUUCCCUCGAUGUACUGUACUGUAUGCUAGAUCCUGCCUUGAUUUUAUUAGCGUAAGAGCUUUUACUACAGAGUGAUGCCGUUUAAAAAAAGGCACGUAUAUGUGAGUGGUUGAAUGGGGGGUGUGUUUGAAUAGCCCUCUCGUGUUGGAGGUUUGUGGAAGGAACCCCUAAAGGUUCCUUGAACGUUCCUUUACUUUCACAGCUGGAGUUCCCGUAUUGAUUCCAGCUCUCCAGCUUGUCCUCGUUCACCUGCACACUGUUUUAUCAUCCUGUAAACAUUCUACUUUUUCAUUGAAACGCAUGUAUUUUGGGAACAUUAGUGGAAGCACAGAAGAGGUGUGGAGUUGCUCCACCCUCUGCUGAUUUACAUCCAUCACUGCAUGGAUCACUGCAUCACUGCUCCACCUCCUCCACCACCCCCCCACGCCAUGCCUCUUGUUGUUUGUAUGCCAUAUGUUUUGCACAUUGUGUACAUAUUUAUAUAGAUGUAAUGCAUAUUUUUAUACAUGUGUAACAUCCAUGGGUUCUCUAUUUUGUACAUACUCAAAAAGAUGUGUAUAUAAGGACUGUAUGCCUUUAUGUGUCAAUAAAAUUUGGUGUACUGUGAA